UGUUUGAACAGAAGCAGUGUAUGAAAGUUGUUCUACAAGUUUCAAUGUGUAAUAGUACCUGGCUGAAAUUGAAAGAAUAAUGUCAAAAGAUCCGGGCGUUCCCUGCAUUUUUAGACUGUUUCACUGUAUCAGAUUAUCAUUGCUACCUCUACUCUGCUUAUUUGUCAUAUUCACACUAUACUACGCUCUGCAUUAUUCGAAAACUCAAAUACCCAUCAAAAAAGAAGAGCCUCAAGACUUAAAAAUGGCUUUACCAAGGUGCUAUUUUGAUAUGAGUGCUGAUGGAGAGGCGUUGGGACGAAUUGUAUUUGAACUUCGAAGUGAUGUUGUUCCCAAAACUGCUGAAAACUUCAGAGCCUUGUGUACUGGCGAAAAGGGAUUUGGAUACAAGGGCAGCAUUUUCCACAGGGUAAUCCCCAACUUCAUGUGUCAAGCUGGUGAUUUUACUCAUCAUAAUGGCACCGGAGGACGAUCUAUUUAUGGAGAUCGAUUUGAAGAUGAAAACUUUGAACUGAAACACACUGGACCAGGUGUUCUGUCUAUGGCUAAUGCAGGACCAAACACAAAUGGAUCCCAGUUUUUCAUUACAACAGUUAAAACUAGUUGGCUAGAUGGAAAGCAUGUUGUUUUUGGCCAAGUUGUUGAGGGAAUGGACGUUGUAAAGAAGAUUGAAAGCUAUGGAAGCCAAAGUGGGAAAACAACCAAGACAAUCACCGUUGCUGACUGUGGCCAAUUGUAAAUCCACAUCAGUCUCAUUAACUGCGACUUUCAUUCCAUGUCUUAAAACAUUUUGAUUAUGUGAUCAAGUACGAGUCUGCAUUAUCUUUUGCUACAAAUUUCUUUCUUUUUUAUUUCUUUCCUGUUUAAUAAUGUGAAUUUUUUUACCUAGAAAAGUUCAUGUUAGUCUCUGUUGUAUUUCCUGAGGAACUGCCAUACUAGAUAUUCUAGUAUAUACAUCCUUAAACUUGCUUGUGUAAUCUAACUUUUGCAAUUUUUAGCUUUCUCUGUAACCAUUUCCCUCAUCCUGUUCAGUAGUGUAGUUUUCUUGUGACCGAGAAAUAAAAACUGAUAAACCCGA